AUGGCAUCACGACUAACACGGCACGCGCCUUCAGUGGCGGCAUUAUCUGCUCUGGACUCAGCACUCGCGUCGUUCCGCAUCUCACAGCCCUCAGUCGGGACAAUAGCGAAACGACACGCCUCGCAUCAAGCACAAGGGCGAGCCAACGGCGCAGCAGAUGGACCUGGCAAGCGAUUGGGAGCCAAGAAGACGGGUGGUGAAUACGUGGUGACGGGCAAUAUCAUCUACAGGCAGAGAGGAACACUUUGGUUUCCUGGAGAUAAUUGCUUCAUGGUAGGACGGAGCGACAAUGGCUGAGGCAACUCAUCGCUGACUGACUCUCAGGGACGCGAUCACACAAUACACGCGGGCGCACCGGGAUACGUAACAUACUACCGCGACCCAGCUCGGCACCCGAAGAGAAAAUUCAUCGGCAUUGUCUUCGAGCAAAACCAAACUCUCCCUCAAUCCCCUCAUGAAAUUCGAAGAAGGAGACUCGGCAUGCUGGCCUACCAAGUGCCUAAAACACAAUCGCAGAUCGCUGCAGCAGAUCUAACAACGGACGGUAGCGGCACGGAGGUUCGCGAAGAGCCCAACGAGUUUCGCGGCGUGAAGAUCAUCAAGGGAGAGAAGAAGGACAAACAAGAGAUCAAACUGCAUCUGAGGCCUGGAGGCAUGUACCGACAGGCUAAUUGGGAAAUUGGACGAGCUGCGGAGACAUCAAGGAGAGCACAAGCUGUUACGCCGUUCAAGCCUGGUGACCGUUUUGCGGCGUGGCGCAAGACCAGGGCCAGGAAGGAGAGGGCAGCGGAAAGAAGAGCUAUGGGACGAGGUGGCAAGAGCAGGAACAAGAAGAAAUAG